ACCAAAGCAGAAACACACGAGACAUUCUACAAUGUGAACGCUUCGCCUCGCAUUUUUGAUAAACGCGAUUUAUCAAAAAAAAAAUUAAAAAUCGUGUUUUAAUUAUGUAAACUGCGGUCUCUUUUAAAUGACACCGUUUAACUAUAAUAACGUUAUAGUUGGGGAUACAAAAUUCCCGUUUUUAUCAUCGUCAUCAAGGAAAAAUAUAGGUAUCUUUCGUUAUCAGUUUUAAGGUGUAAUCACACAAUACCCUGAUUAAAUUUUUAUUAAACAUGGUGUGUGGUUAUGGUGUGCUACGGAGGAAAAUAAAUUUGUUAGCUGAUGAAAAACUGAAAAUUCGAUCAUGGGCAACCCCUACUCUAGACCCGAAGACCGUCUGCGUCACAUUUCCAGAGAAGUAAACUCUCUGAGGUCCUCACUACGCACCUCUAGUCAAAACCUCACCAGGGACAAAAAAGAAAUCAUCCUCAGUAAUUUGGCGCAUCAUAGCAGCGAAGUCAGCUCUAUGCAUGGCAAAAUUAAGAGAAAACAACUGGAGAGCACUCUCAAGAACAUAUCUGACACUAUGGAGCAGGUAUUCAAGAUCGAACCAUCUUUGGACGGUGGGGCAGUGGAAAGCGAUUCAUUUGUCAAUGUGCCGUUGGGCCGCAGGGCCAACUCCUUGGGAUCACUUAGGAGCUCUGGAAAGAAAAAUCUUCAAAAGCAAGUUUCUGCCGAAGCUUAUAGAGGCAGCGUACCAACUUUAAGGAACAUUGAAGCGAAGUAUCAGGAACUAAAAACCCAAAUUGCUACUGCGAUUGAUAAUAAGGAUUCCAAGCUGCUUAAGGUGCAUCAGCAGACCAUCAAAGUACUUGCAGGCGAUCUGGAAAUGAUCCGUAUAGAAAAAGAUACACCUCUGGAAAAGCGUAAGGAGAGCAUCGAUAAAAAAAUCGUCAUCAUGUAUCAGAAAGUCAACAGAGCCUUAAAUGAAUUUAAAAAGAACGAAUUGAAAGGGAAUCAAAAUAAGCAGCAAAGAAAACUGGAAGCAAUGAGAGAGUUGGCUGAUAUUGAAAUGCUUUUAGCUGAAAAUGAGUCCCUCCUAGAUAAGCUGGUUAAGGAGAAGAAUUCUUCUGAUUUUGCCACCAUCAGGAACAACAUCAUUCACACCAAUCAGCGCCUAGCAAAGGUGGAUAUCGUUGAUAACGAGGUGCAAGAAAAAGUGGUUUUAUUGUCACAAAAGAUCACCGAAACCGUAAAAUCUUUAGACAAAAUCAUGGCUAAAAAGGAGUUUGAGUUCAAAAUAAGUAAAUCAAUUGAAUCAUUUGAAAGAAUUUUAAGAAACUUUGAUCCGAAAACCAACGGUAAAGAAUCAAUACAAAGCCUGCAAGGUAUCAGAAAUUCAAUGGAGCACUUGGAAGAAAUAAACGAUUCAUCAAAAGCAAGAAAGCGUCAACUCUUACAAUCAAUUGACCAACAAAUCACCACCCUAACGCGUUCAUUAGACCAAGCAUCUGAUAAGGAAAUCAUAGACCAAAUUGUGGAAGACAACGUCAUUUUGAGAAAAAAAGCCAAGAGCGGUGACACUGAACACACAGUAAUCGACCAGUUCAUCAACUACUGGAAUAACAUAAAAAACAACUUUGACGUAAACUCAUACUCUAACCUUUCCCUUUUGAGGAUUGACAGUGUCCUCGAAGAGAUGCAACAAUCCAUUUAUGAUAUCCGAGUCGGUAUCGCCAGCAAAUGCGAUUUGGAGGUGCCAUACAGUUUAUCCAAAAGGCACUCCCAAUCAGUGCCAAGACUGAACACCCGAAAAAGUCUGGAGCAGGUGGACAAUAAAAUCAUCAAAACUAAAGCUAAGAUUUACAACAUGUCAACACCAAACUUGCAACACGUGGAAAAUCAACAACCAAACAGUAGAUUUUCUAAGAUAGAAGAAAUCAAGCUGCAAGUCAAUUACAUAAAGGAAAAAAUCAACGGGAGCCCCAACAAAUCAAUCCUAAGAACCAAAUUAGAACAGUAUCGAAUCGACCUUGAGCAGUUCGUUAAGGACACCAAUAAAACCGUAGCAACUAACGCAAUCUUAGUUUCAAACCAAAUCGUCGAGAUGCUACACGAACUGGUCCUGCUUGAGUUCAAAGAACGAAUCGAAACACUUUUCAAAAGAGUUCAGCACUUUAACGGUAGCAGAUAUGAUAAAGAAUACGCGGAUAUCAAAAAUGACUUGGCCAACAUCCAAAUGAGUUUGGAAAAUUUUAACAUUCCUGAACAGUUUGAAGGUUUACAAGUAGAAAAGGGUGAGUUACUCGAAGACAUCAAUAGUAACCUGGAGCACCUUGAUGAGCGCAGCAAUAAUUACCGCAGAUAUGAGUGUGAAAACGUUAAGCAAAUCAAAGAACAGUUGCAGCAACUUAAUGAAAAAGUCAAACGGUUUUCUGGUACCUAUAAAAGUGUUUUAUAUAAUAGCAUUGAACGCGAGCUAAACAGACUGUUGACAGACGUGCUGGAACAAGUUGAGGAUAAAACAUGGUCAGAUGAAAUUACCAAAGAGACUGAAAGACUACUGAAAAUUCUGGAGCAACGUUCCUCUUUAGCUCAAAGUUUUAAAUCAAAUGACACCAAAUUAGGUGAGCAAGCAGGCAUGUCCAAAAUAAAAAAUGAUCUCUUUAAUAUCAAGAGAGAAAUCGAUCGAACAGCUGAAAACGAUGUCAAGACUUUUAUAGGUCUUCAAAGCCGCUUGGACCUUGUCAAUCUGGAACUAAGCCGAAUUGCUUCCAAAUCAAAUGAAAAUCUCGAGAAAGAAAAGGAAAUUGUAGCUAAUGAAACACAAACCCUAAAGAAUGUGGUUGAUGCUAAAGUGGCUCUUAGUCAACAGCCAAUGGUUCAAUGGCCACAAAGAGCCUUGCAAGGCGAGGGUUAUCCGAGGAGCGAUGUACUGGAAAAGAUUGAAGAAGUUGAGAGAGCGUUUGCUACCCUAAAGGAAGAAAUUCAUCACUCCAGUAUGGAGCAAGAUAUUCAUAAAUACUACAAGCUAACCCAAGAUAUUAAAACCCUCGAGGAAAAGCUUACUUCUUAUAAGUUCAUUCGAGGAACUGACUUGUGUAUACGCCAAAUGAAUCUUCUCACUGAGAUGCAAUAUUACAUAACUGCCCUGGAAAAGGAGGCUCUGGAUAUCGAUUAUUUGGUCAACAUGGAAAGGAAGCUAGAUUCUAUCAGGCAUUUAUUCGAUAGCAAGGGUCAGCAAGACUUAAAAACAAUGGCAAAGGAGUUGCAGGGUAUCCAGAAGAAGCUAGAGGAACAUAAUUUUAAGACUUCAAAUGAGAACUUAAGAACUAGGAAAAGCAGUGUGCAACAAAAGACCGAAGGGCUAGUGCAGAAAUUGAAAACAAUGCAAGUCGCUGGUAAAGAUUAUAAAAUGGAUGAUAUUGAGAAGCAAGUAGGGAGUUUGGCAACGAAAGUGACAUCAUUCGUAGGCUCACGUAAAGAUAAACGGUAUUAUGAGUUGAAUGAGGCUGUUAUGAAUUUAAUUGUGCAUUUGGAGAAGUCAAAUUACGAUCAACUAGAGCUGCAACAGAGGAAAGCAAAGUUGUUAAAGGACCUUCAUGCCUUGGGACAAAUAUUGGAUGACCGUGCCACUCAAACACAGUCAAUCGUUCAUAUAGAGCAGGAGAUCGAUAAGGUGUCUACAAUGAUUGAUCGUUUUAAAGGCAAUCAAGAAGAUCUUGAUGAAGUUAGAACAAAAAUGGAAGAUAUCAAGAAGAAAAUUCAAGCAUUAAGAUUUGCACCUGAUUUCGUCUCUAGGAAAAAUGCUUGCGUAGAAAAGCUUAGCGCUUUAUUUAAUAAAUCAAUGCUUUUGACUCCUAAACCUUUAAAAUCUAAGGCUUCUCUUGAAUAUGGAGCUUCUGACUUUACUUUAGAUGAUCAACUUGAAAAGAUUAAAAGAGAUGUGGACCAAGUAGAAACUCUAUUGCAAGGACGCGAAUCCAGCGGUUAUGAAGAAUUACAAAAACAUGAUGAAGCGUUAGUUAUGUACACAAAAAAAAUUAAUGAGUUAGGAAUUACGAAGGACUCGCCUAAAUAUGCAAAAGUGCUGAAGCUCUAUGAUAAAAUUGAAAAUCUUACUGAUGCAAUUGAUGACAAAAUCCAAGAUUUCGAUAAGCUGGCUGGUAUCAGUGCCGACGUUGAUCAAAUAUCACAAAAAAUGGACACUCCACUAAACUACGAUCAGAUCAACAAGCUAGAUGAGAGGUUGAUCCACUUGCAAGUCUCUUUGGGAAAAAUGGUUAACCCAGAACUUAAGGCGCAAAUAGAUGCAUGUAUGUUGAGGAUAAUCCUGUGUUUGCAAAAAAUCGCCGAUUUUAGGGCGUCUGUUCAUGGUACUUCCGUUUAAAAUUUUUUGAAUUUUGUAUACCUAAGUAUUAUUUUGUUUAGCCAGUAUAAUAUGUUUUUAAAAUUUUAAUUUUUUUUUCGUGAUUGUGUUUACUUAUUGUUUUUUUUUUAAUAAAAAGUUUAGAAAAAUC